AUGCCAGUCACAACCAAUAUUUUAUCUGUCAACCCAGGUCCGAAUCACACACUGAGUGAGUUCUUAGAUACCGGUCGAGGUAGUGAUGUCGUUGGCUUGUCGGAAUUAAAGAAAUACUUCCACCGCUUUGGGUACCUACCAGCAACUGAACCGAAUUUCACCGAUAAUUUUGAUGAGCACUUUGAAUCAGCUGUCACUCUAUACCAGUCGAAACUUGGGUUACCUACAACUGGUAGACUCGAUUCCGCUACUCUAUCUCAAGUUAUGUCACCAAGAUGCGGUGUGCCUGAUCAGAAUGAUGAUCAUAACAAGUUACAUGCAACUAAACACUACUCGUUUCUGAAGGGCCGGCCGAGUUGGAAUCAUUCCAUCGUGCCAUUGAUGUUAAAUUACGCAUUAUCGCCGGAACAUAUCAUCGGUUACAUUAACAUAUCAGACAUUCGUGUUGCCCUUGAGCGGGCUUUCUCGACGUGGUCCUCAGCUAUUCCAGUUGAUUUUACAGAAACUCAGGAUUACGAGCAUGCUAACAUCACCAUCGGUUUUUACUAUGGCGAUCAUGGGGAUGGGGAUCCAUUUGAUCCUACGGUGCUUGAACAUGCAACUGGUCCGGGACCAGACGCACAUUUACAUUUCAACGCAGCGCUUACUUGGGCAAUUGAUUUCAGUUCAGAGAAAUCAAAAAAUGCCUAUGAUUUGGAAAGCACGGCUGUACAUGAAAUCGGGCAUUUGUUAGGGCUGGAUCAUUCAAAAAUUAGCCAAGCAAUCAGGUGGCCUUACGGAGGCGCUAGAGAGAAACACGUACACUUGUCUCUGGACGAUGUCAAUGGUGCUCAAGCUCUCUACGGCAAAAGCCCAAAUUUUAAAUUAGAUUCUCCUGAAGGAAAAGAAGUGGCUAGUAGCGAUCAGUCUUCUUCUUCUUUUGGUGUCACAGAAGGACUUAAAUGCUUCAAAGACAGCGCAGUAGAUCCUGAACAAGCUGAAGCCAAAUCUCUUUCGGAAGGUGCUCUAUGGGCCAGCGAAAAAGGAGUGGAGAACUUAUGCUUGGAAGGAGAUCUUCAUAAUGUCAAGGCUAUUAAUGGAAAUUUAGAUGUAAUAAAAUGGACAAUCAAAAACUUAAUCAUGAACUGGGUAAGGUUUUGA